AGAAGACGAUCUGCAUUCAUCCAUCCUACAGGUAUAAGAGCUAACAUUUCCCACCGCUCCAGAAAGUGCAGACCCACCGCUGAUAAGAUUGCACCUCUCAUAUAACUGACCAUGGGGUGCUUCCUAAUUCUUCUGGCUGUCUUUGCUCUGAAUAGUUACCAUGUUCAAGGAAACGACUGGUUGCAGAACUAUGAAAAUGGAAUUAAAGAGUAUUUUGAACUAUAUGGAGCUCAGGAUUUUCCAGAGAAAGAAUACCCCCAGCAGUUUAAGCAUCCUCCAUUUGUGUGUCCUGACAUGAAGCCAUCACCCACAGUCCCUACCUCGGUUCAUUACGUGAAAGCUGCUGAUAUCAAAGUAGUGGCUGCCCUUGGAGAUUCCCUGACAACUGCGAUUGCUGCGAAUGCUUCAAAUGUGUUAGAAGUUCCGUUUGAGUACCGGCAACUUUCAUGGAGCAUUGGAGGCUAUGGGACAUAUGAAGAUGUUAUUACCCUUGCAAACAUUAUAAAAGUCUUUAACCCUGACGUUAUUGGCCCCGCUCCUAAGAUGACAUUAAAUUCAAAACCAGCUUUGCUGAACGAAACUGGCUUUAACCUUGCAGUCACUGGAGCCAAUACAUAUGAGUUUCCAGACCAGACCAGACACCUGAUUGACACUUUCAAAAACUUCUCAGGGAUGAACUAUAAUGAGGAUUGGAAACUGUUGACCAUUCUUAUUGGAAACAAUGACUUGUGUGACUACUGUAAAAACAAGACUCUUUUUUCAGUGGAGAGUUUCAUUCAUAAUUUGACUGUUGCCCUGGACAUGCUCUAUGAAGAAAUGCCGAGGAUGUUGGUGAAUCUCGUUGAGAUUCUGCCUCUUGAGGGUCUUCGGGACCUCAAAAAAGAAACCUUAGGCUGUUUGCUUCAAAGGUCAUUCUGCUCGUGUUUGAUUUUGCCACCGGACAAUUCCACAGAACUGAAGGAGCUUAUUGAGAUGAAUUCAGUCUUCCAGAAGAAAAUGGAGGAACUGAUAGCAUCUGGCAGAUAUGACAAACGGGAUGAUUUUGCUGUCAUUCUCCAGCCUUAUGCAAAGAAUGCAGUGCCUCCGCGGCUUCCGGACGGAAAAGUUGACUUUUCAUAUUUCACUCCGGACUGCUUCCACUUCACCAUAAAGGGGCAUGAAGAGAUGGCAAAGGGGCUAUGGAACAAUAUGUUUCAGCCAGAAGGGAAAAAGGACAUACUCGAUACCUUUACAAAUAUAAAGGCUAAUUGUCCACCAGUGGACCAUCCUUACAUAUACACCCGCCUAAGAGGUUCUGCUACACAACUCCAACCCUGUGUACUUUUUCCCUUCCUGCUUGUGCUGGGCUAUUUCUUUGGAUUUGUCCUCACUGACAGGAGAUGAAGAAAUACCCAAAAGAUAUAUUCAAAUUCGUUUGUGAAUAAAUGAUUACAUCUGAAUGCCACAGUGUUGCUUAAGUAACAAGAUGAAUAAGGCUUUGGAGAGCUUUCCUGAGAAAUAUCUGACAAACGGAAGAGAUCCUACAAUAAACCAAUCAAACUAGUGCACGUCCUAAAAACAUUUAUUGACCAUUUAAAGUUUUCCUGCACAGUGACAUUUUCACAAAUUAAAGAUUUAUUCAUGUGUACAAGACUGUGGCUGUCUCCAGGUAUAAAUAUUGUAUGAUCCUAUUUUAUUUAAUUGUUUUACAUUUUAUUGUUUAUGGUUUUAAAAAAACAUCAAUGUUCUGCAGUCUUAUAUAAUCCUAUAUAUUUUAUACAAUAUAUCUGAUUCUGAUAUUGUCUGUUUACCUUUUCUGAACUGGUUCAAUAAUUACACUAAUUCAAAUACCAGCAAUAAUACUAAUACAUUUGCAUCUGUAAUAUUUAAUUGUAAUUUGAAAUAAAAUCAAACUCUGUAACAGGUGUGAUAUUUCACAA